AUGUCUAUGCGAGAGGCCGUGGCGGCGUGGCGCAGUCCACUGAUACAGAUGAUGGAUGGAUGGAGCACUGGAGAUGGACAGAGCAGAGAGGGUAAAAAUUCGGAGAGAGAGCGAGAGCGAGAGAGAGUUUCUGGGAUAAGCUUAAGGACUCAUCAUUACAAAGUAGUUCGGUAGCGUCACAUGCUCUCAUCUUCAUCUUGCUGGGGUUUCGGCUUUCCGCGCCUCGGGUGGAGGUGGAGAUGGAGAUGUUUGGGGUAGAGCUGAUAUGAACUCAUCUAUUGGCAGAGCAAAAUGGAUCAAGAUCGCCACAACCCAUCUCACAUCACGAGUUUCCAUGAUAAUAAGAUGCCCAAUGCUGAUAUUGUUGACUUGGGGAAGAAAAGGAAACUACAGGCUGAACUAUUGGGCUUGCCCAUUCCAAAGCACAAAAGCCGGGAUCGAAGCUAUGGUUCUCUUCUAGUCUCUUUACUAGACGAAAUCCCAGAAGUGGAUACUUGUAUAAUAGAAGGAAAAUCAGAUACUGCAUCUCUAGAUGAUUCAGAUCUUCAAUCAGCUAGAGAUAGCAAUAGCUUUGCUGAAGAUUCUGACUCUUCCAUGUGUGCAAGUGGUGGAUCUAAACUGGAAUCAGAUUGUGUGAAGACAUGGACAUGCAGUCAACCUUCCACCUCUGUUAAUUGGGGCAGUAGGAGUUUCUUGAAUGGUUCUUCUUUAGACAGGCUGGCUGGAAUGGAAAAGGAAGGUGUCAGAGAGGAACUGAUAUUGCUGUGUGGAAAGCAUAAUCAUCCACAAAAUGAUGUUAAAUUACCAGUAUCUCAUGAUCUUGAGGAGCUUCUGGAUUUCGGAAUCCAUGACCCGAAGUAUAUGAAUUAUGGCAUUGAUCAAUGUACAGAUAAGGAACUCAAUAGUCUGCCAUACUCCCAUGAGGGUAAUUCAAACAAUUAUGUUCUCUCAUCCGGAAGAUGGAGUGUUGGUCAAGAGUCUCGAUCAAGUACCAGGAAGCCAACAAUUGAUCAAGAGUUUGAGGAGUACUUUUCCACGCUUAUGCUGCAGUAGAGAUGAUAUGAAGUUUUGAAUGCAGUUUCUCGAUCAAGUACCAGGAAGCCAACAAUUGAUCAAGAGUUCGAGCACUUUUCCAUGCUUAUGCUGCAGUGAUAUGAACAUCUAACGUGUACAUACUUCAACUCUUCUCAUGACUGAACUGUAAAAUCUAAACAUGGCUCGACUGUUCCCGUUAUUUCAAAUGGAUCUGAUGUUUGAGAGCAUGGAUUUAAACUCUAUAUAUUGAAGACUAUAUUUGGCUUUGGUUCC